AUGUCUAGGAAUGAUGACAUUGACCAACUAUCUUUGGCUUCGAGUUUGCCGACAGAAGAACAAAAUGGAGGAGAAAGAUUAGAUUCAGAUCGACGGAACUACCAAACGCCACCAGGAGGAUUCAAUCUUUCUCAGGGAUUGGGUAAUGGUGCAAAGCGGCGGAUCUUGAAGGAACUCGAUGAUAUUCAAAAGAAUCCUCCUGCCACUCUCAGUGCAGGUCCUGUUGAUGAGGACUUGUCCCAUUGGCAAGCUACAAUCAUGGGUCCUCCAGACAGUCCAUAUGCCGGCGGAGUUUUCCUACUUGCCAUCCAUAUUCCCCAGGAUUACCCUUUCAAGCCACCUAAGAUUGCAUUCAGAACAAAAGUUUUCCACCCGAAUAUAAACAACUAUGGGAGCAUAUGCCGGAGCCAUAUGCCAGAGUGGCACCCUGGCAAAACCAUUGCCAAGGUUCGUUUUCUAAAGCUGCCUUCAUUGGAUCUGAUGUGCCUAACCGUAUUUGCCUAUAUACUCGAUACUCAAAGAAUAAGUAAACACUGCAUUUGA